UUGGCCGGGAACAUCAGUGCAAAAGCGACCAUCCAUUGAUGUAAGAGUUUCUUGCAUUCCUUGAAUAGAUCAUGUUUCUCUCUUGUCGAAUUCGCAAAGUCUGGGAACAAGAAAAUGUUGUGGUUCUUCCGAGAAAGCCUUCCUUUACUCCUCAUCUCACGUAACACAAGAUCUUUAUCGGAUUAUCUCAGAAAUUUGGCCAGAAUUGAUCGUGACCUGUCUCCCUCAGCAGAUCUCCAAGCCGGGACUCUGUGAGCUCACUCGAUUUCCAGCUCAUGGCCUGUUAUGUUGAGGAGACUCGAGAAGAGCUUGUCUAGGAAUUUCACCAUAUCUUGGCCUUCUUCGUUCUCAGGAAUUCCAACAAUUUGGACGUUGUUUCUCCGGCUACGAUUUUCUAUGUCUUCCAACUUUUCCAAAACACGCUUCAAGUCUAUCUUGAUCGCUAGCGGGUUAGCAGCUAAUUCCCUCUCCAAUGACUCCAGAUAAUCGAUCCAUUUUUCAGCAUCUGACACUCUUGUAACCAUCUCAGUGAAUGUCGUGUCCAUGGCAGUGAUCGAUCGAUGUAUUACAGCAAGAUCCUCCAAGUCAGCUAUGACCUUCGCCAGCAUUGCCGACAUGCUCGACAGUUGAUGCUGAAUCUCUCCUGCCACACUGUCCAAACCAAGUCCCUGGUCUGCGGCCCUGUCUGGGGUAUCAGCUUGAGCACGUAAGUGUCUCCAGAGCCUGAGCAUUUUGAAUUCUUGGACAUGUUAUCUUCAUAGAACAGUUAUGGAUCAGGGUGUAUAGAAUCUCACCGGUUUAUGACAUAAAAGGUAAUAAAAAAACUAGCAAAGUGCACAGAGCUUGCCGUUCACACAUCCAAGCCUCGCAUGGCGCCACGCGACUCUCUAUUUUUCUUUCUUUUGAAUGCCUUUGUUUUUAUUUUCUUUUUUUUUUCUUUUUUCAUUCUUUUGAAUGUCUUUUUUAUUUUCGUUUUCGUUUUUCUUUUUUGAAUGAUAAUGUAAAUUAAGCUUGCAACUGAAAAUCGGCUUGUGGGAUGCCAAAUUAAGAUGCCUUAAACGGCCUCUCUUUUAAUUGUAUUACAAGUUUGCUGUUUUCAUUUCUCUCCUUUUCUGUUUACGCAACUGCCUCUUAUAUGCGUUAGCCAGGUUAUUUUCUUAGCUAUUACCCAGCUAAGAUGUGUGUGUGUGUGUGUGUGUGUGUGUGUGUGUGUGUGUGUGUGUGUGUGUGUGUGUUUGGCUGCUCCAUUUGUCAUCUCUAGAGAGCAGGGCCCAGACAUACCCAGAAGCCCUUGCUUCACUCUGCCCACCAGGUUGCAGCGUGCAAAACAUUGAACAGCAGCAAAGGGGUGACAGAAUAAAUGACUACAUACAGUGAACGGCACUCUUAGCUCACAUUCCAGUUCACUAACCUUCAACUGGCAGCAGGAAAAUAGCCCAGAGAAAGACAAUCUGGAUCCCUGAACAUACACACACACACACACACCGAGCAUCAGGCUGGUGCUCACAGAUAGAGGGUGAAAGAGGACAGUCUCCUCUACUCUCUCUUUUCCUCUCUUCACCACUUCCUCUUCUAUUACUUCCUUUCAUUCUAAUUUAUUUUACAGAAACGUUUUCUUUGAUCAGAUGCCAUUGUGAAUGUGGUCUGGUGGUCACGUCCUUUGCAUAGGUUUAAAGUGCAUUCAUGUUGCAUCUAGAGAGAGCCUAAAGAUGGAGCCGAUGGCAGAUGUUGCCUUACUGCCCGGAGAAGAGAGAGUGAUCGACAAGGAGAUCAUCUACAUGUGUCCAUUUAAUGGUGCACUCAAAGGAAAGGUGUUCAUCAGCAACUACAGACUCUGCUUUAAGAGCACUGAAACAGAGACACCAGUUACUCUGAACAUGCCCUUAGGUGUCAUAAGUCGUGUAGAGAAGAUGGGAGGAGCCACCAGUCGAGGAGAGAACUCUUAUGGGCUUGACAUCACCUGCAAGGACAUGAGGAACCUGCGAUUUGCUCUGAAGCAAGAAGGCCACAGUCGAAGAGACAUCUUCGAGAUCCUUUUCAAAUAUGCUUUUCCACUUUCUCAUGGAAUGCAACUCUUUGCAUUUCUGAGUCAGGAAAAGUAUGAAGAGAAUGGCUGGAACAUUUAUGAGCCCAUGGAAGAGUACAGGAGGCAGGGUCUACCCAAUAGUGAGUGGAGGAUCACUUUCAUCAAUAAGAACUAUGAGCUGUGUGACACCUAUCCUACAAUUCUUGUUGUUCCAUACAAAGCCUUAGAUGAAGAUCUGAGAAAAGUCUCAACAUUCAGGUCUCGUUGCCGCAUCCCGGUGUUGUCAUGGUUUCAUAAAAAGAACCACGCUGUGAUCACACGGUGCAGCCAGCCUUUGGUGGGCAUGAGUGGCAAGCGCAACAAAGAUGACGAACGUUAUUUGGACGUGAUCCGCGAGGCCAAUGGUACCACCAAACUCACCAUCUAUGACGCCAGGCCCAACGUCAAUGCUGUGGCAAACAAGGCCACAGGUGGGGGUUACGAGGGCGACGAUGCAUAUCAGAAUGCUGAGCUGGUCUUUCUGGACAUCCAUAAUAUUCAUGUGAUGAGAGAGUCACUGAAGAAACUAAAGGACAUAGUCUACCCCAAUGUGGAAGAGUCUCAUUGGCUCUCCAGCCUGGAGUCCACCCACUGGCUAGAGCAUAUCAAGCUGGUGUUGUCAGGGGCCAUCCAGGUGGCUGAUAAGGUGUCGUCUGGAAACUCUGUGGUGGUGCACUGCAGUGAUGGCUGGGACCGCACAGCUCAGCUCACCUCUCUAUCCAUGCUGAUGCUGGACUCCUACUACAGAACUCUCAGGGGCUUCCAGGUGCUGCUGGAGAAGGAAUGGAUCAGCUUCGGACACAAGUUCGCCUCAAGAAUCGGCCAUGGAGACAAAAACCAUGCAGAUCAGGACAGAUCACCUAUCUUUUUGCAAUUUAUCGACUGCGUGUGGCAGAUGACUAAACAGUUCCCCACAGCGUUUGAGUUUAAUGAACGUCUCCUGGUGGUAAUCCUGGAUCACCUGUUCAGCUGCCGCUUUGGCACUUUCCUCUAUAACUGUGAGAGUGCCCGUGAGAGCAAUAAUGUUCGGACAAAGACAGUAUCUCUGUGGUCUUUGAUCAACAGCGACACAUCCUCAUAUAUAAACCCCUUCUACACACCAGAGUCCAGUCGUGUACUUUACCCUGUAGCCAGUAUGCGCCACCUAGAGCUUUGGGUGACUUAUUAUAUCCGAUGGAACCCUCGCAUACAACACCAGCAACAGAGUCCAGUGGAGCAGCGCUACAAGGAGCUACUGGCGUUAAGGGAUCAGUACCUGAAGAAGCUGGAGGAACUGCAGCUGUCAGACUCCACCCCAUCCUCCACCCACUUGACCAACAGCUCCACCCCCAAUGCUGCCACACCUAAUCAGCACAUCACACACUUACAAACACCAUUUUGAUCCCACUUGCAAACUGUUACAGACAUUGUACAUUUGUACAUAGCAAUAGUGAUAAUUAUGGUAACAUGAUUAGUAGUGAUGUCUGACGAGUAACAAACCAAUUAUGCAAUAAAACCACAGUAUUGCCUUCAUCGCAUCAAGUUAAACCUAUACGAAAAGAGAAGCCUUAAAGUGACAGUGCUGUUUUUUCGUGCUGUGUACCAUGGACAAAAGGGAUUUGAAAUUGUGGAAACGUAUCCAAGAAACCACUUGGAUAAUGUUCGGAAUGGUCGUGUGUUGAUCGAAAGCGAUCGAGUUGGAUGGACGUAUGUGAUUUGUGUGAUCCAUUAUGCAUGUUAUUAGGGAUGCUGGAUCUAGUGUCUAGAUCUGAAUGGAGAAGUGUUGAAACAUUUCUGAAUGUUGAGCACUGGAAUUAUUAAGUCUAUAAGGUAUUCAGAGAGAGAGAGAGUGCUGGUCUUGUUUGUGGAGAGCUAUGAACUUUAGUCUGCAUAUUGUCCAGUCAAUCCAGUGUCAAGCAGGGUCCUCAACCUUUGGAAGAGCAAUUGUUUCAUUUGUCAAUAUAUUGGUUUAACUGCAUGAAAAACUCAAAUGACUGACCUCAAAAGGUAAAAGGAAGCUGUUAUGUCAUGUAAAUUUCUUAAUGUUUCCUCCUAUAAAUGUAAUUCGCUGCUCAUUUGAGUGGACAGUAGGGUAGGAAAAUGGUCUGAAACAUUCAUUUACAUUAGCUUAUUGAACAGAACCAGGGUUUUUUUUAAGCGAGUGACAAAGAGACCAUUUCAGUGCCUUUUCUCAUAUCUGAGGUUUUCAGGUGCAUAUUUUGUAGAGAAAAAAUGUUUUUCAUUACAGCAGUGUUAGUGGUAGUACAGACUGAUUACAAUUCACUGUGUGUGUAAAUGACAGGUUGAUUCUUCUCCUUGUGAGGUUUGGAGAUUGAAUGCUUGUACUCCAAUCCCCACAUACUAGCGACUUUAGGUUACCCCUUGGAGCGACAUGCUGUUGCCACAGGAAGCUACUAUUUGGUCUCUGAUGGGACUGACUGUAUUGCUCUCCAAGAGACAUACUAUCAAAGUACUCCAUGGUCCUUUUAGGUAAGACAGAGUGGUUGGGAUAUUAAGUUGUGUGUUUGAGCUGUCCCACAAUCAGAGAUUUGACUGACAGGGGCAAUAGAGGAUCUGAGACAAUUGUGGGGGGCCACUGCAAGUCAUUGCUUAUGCUGCCUCAGAAAACUGAACGUCUGAAGACUUUGACCUCAAUGAGGAUAUGAAGUUUAAACCACAGUGUGUGAAGAAGACAACGUUCAAUAAACAAACCAACCAUUUGAGGUUGGUUGUUUUUAGAUUGGGGGUUGGGGUGGUGGGGACAAAAAUAUUUUUUUUAUUUUGAGUACCGGAACGAUGUAAUUACCUCAAACAAAAACCUAUUUUACUGUUGAAAGUUCUAUUGUUGUAAAAUAUAAUUAUUUUAUUCAGUGUAAAAUUUGACAGUUUUAUAAAAAAGAAAUUAGAAAUGUUUUGGUUGGUUUUGGUAAUUGUAGGUAAUUUGUUUGACAUCCUCUUUUUAUAUAUAUAUAUAUAUAUAUAUAUAUAUAUAUAUAUAUAUAUAUAUAUUUUUUAUUUUUUUUUUUAUUUUUUUUUUUUUAAUGGGCAUUUAGGUUUACUUUGUAACUUUUUUUUUUUUUUUUAAGAUCUGAAAAUGAUCUGAUUCUGUAAGAAAUUAUUUUGUUCUUAAUCCCUUUACUCAGUGCAUGAGAUUGAGUGAGGGAAAGCUGCACUUUGGGUUUUGUUUUCCUGACAUUAACUUCAGUUAGACAUAAUAGUUUAAAGGGAUCUAUUUGUGUUUUGUAUUCCCACAUGUAUGCUCUAUUUGUUGGCCAGCUAUUUUUCUGUACAUAAUGCUGAUUAAAUUAAUUUAAAGAGUUCACAUAAAAAAGACUGCAUGCUUAUUAUUGUCUUCCCAAGCAUUCUGAUUUUGUAGUAUUGUUUGUGGAUAAUUUGUGUUGAGCAGGUUGGUGUGUUUAAGCAUAUAUACUAUUUCAGUAUUUGCAGACCUUAAAGUAGCUUAUAAAUAACCACACUUUCAUGUUUUGUUUUUUUUUAAUCCAAAGUUCUAACAUUAAAAAUGUUGCAAGCAUGAAUGCAACCUCUAAUCAAAA